AAACGGUUGGAGAAAUGUUGGCACUCUGUCAUGGAAAUGCACCCCAGAGAUAAGCAUCAAUGUUGCGCACUUCUAAAAAACGGCUCCAGCAUUUCAGUAGCAGUUCAUGCUUUUUUCUUCUUAAAAUUGACUCUUUUUUCCCUGGUUCUUUGGAUUUGUGUAUGUUUGUAACUUGGAAUGUGGAGUUAUGUAGCCAUUUAAGAUAAUUCCCGAGGAUUGAACCAAGUUACAUCAACUACUGGGAACGGCACAGGCAGGAAAGGCUGCAUCUACACUUUCUGCAUCAACUUUUGAGUUUUCAAAGGUCAAAAUGGCGAGCUCCUUCUCUUUUUGGUUUUCCUGUGGUUUUCUGUUUCCUCUGCUCUUGAUAAUGGGAACUUUUGGGGUUGGUACUGAGUGUGGGGCAAUGGCUUCUGUCAAAACUCUGGAAGAGAUGGACAGAGAUCUGGUCAAUCCAUCCAAAUGUGUGCUGGACUGCACUACAGGGACCUACAUGAGAAAGCUGCAGGUCCGAGACACUCAGACGAUGCGCUUUAAAGACUCAUCAGCAGGUGACCAAGGAGAAUUCUGCUGGUCAACACAGAUCAAGUGUGAGGCUGGAGAACAUUUGGAGCGAGCUUACAUCCUGCUGCCUGUUGAUAAAUCUCAGCUGGAGGAGUCCAUGGGACUGAAGAUGACUCUACCCCCCAUUCCAGAUGCACUGUGGCCUCACCGCCAGCAAACACUACUCCCCAACAACUGUGGCCUUCAAUUCGACAUCACGUCCCAUUUUACCACAGGACCGAGGGAGCCAAAGCUUUGUGUCAAGGUCAAUUUCCAGGAGAGCAUUGUGGGAAAUGGAGUCCUCAGAUGUCCCCCUUUCAUGGUGACAAUGUGGCAGAAAAAGCAAAAUGACUCACCGACAAAUCAAGAAAGAGGGUGAAUGAACAUGAGAUAAUUUGACAACCAUCCAAAAUACUGGUUGGUAACAAGCUUGGUGUGCCAUUGCCUAUCAAGUUACUUCAAUUGUAGUCCACAGAGUUUUUGAGUCAGCAUUUAUGAAAAGUUGCAUCUAAACCGUACAGCAUUGCUAGACUCAUGCCUAUAAUAGAAAUCUAGUCAGCAGCAUUUUGCUUUUAAAAUUAUUGGCAUUCUUCCACAAAGGCUGUGAACUAAGACCGUGAGGUUCUGUGACCUGAAGUAUAACUAAAGUGGACUGUCAAACGGACAGCGUAGCUUGGACUGAAUGUGGGGAUGAUUUCCCCACAUGAUUUUGUCAUUGGUGCCAGAGGUUUGUGAGGCGAUGGGAAAUUGUUGUAUUUCAUUUCUUGCUAAAUUACAAUUUAAUCUUUAAGCUGUGUGGAUGUGAACUAUUGCUGUCUUCUAAUUCUUUUUUUGUGAAGACAUUUGAAAACUACUGGAAUGGCACAUUUAUGCAUAGAAUGGUUGCUUUUUUUUAAGAAAAAAAUAAAGUUUGUGAACCAAAAUGCUGCUUAUUUAGAGUUGUAAUACCAUACAGUUUAUUCGACUUAUGUCUGACCAAAUGCCAAUAACAUUAAAUCUAUUUUACAUGGUUUAA